AUGUCGUACAGUUGGUGUUUAAUAGCCGUUCAAAGCAGACAACGUCGUGAGUUUUUACGAAAAUGGAAAAAAAAAUACGUCAGUGAAUUGUCCACUGUACGGGAUUGUGCCACGGAAUGCGUUGAGAAAGAGGUUUGGGAGACCCAAACAUUUUGCUGCGAUCAAGAUGGCUGCAACGGCGCAAAUGAACUACAAAUAUCGAAGUUCAUUUUACUAUUAUGCUUGCCUAUUAUAUACAUGGUCUACAGUUCUAUCGGAAGUGUGUUUAAGGCUCGUCGUUAAGGUUCAAAACUUAAAAAAAAAUUAUUUUAAUUUUUAAUUAAUUUUAAAUAAUUUUAAAUAAG